GUUAUUUCCUUCGCUGGCUAUUCCCCCGCCAUUGUCACUCUCAGUUGGGUUUCUUGAACUCCCACAUGAGAAUCCAUAAAAAAAAAUGGCUCAGAAAGCAUGGAAGAUUAUCCCAAGACCCCUUCUGGAGACAAUUCUCAACAGCCAUGUUCAGCAACACCGCGUCCCACAGCCUCUGAUUCUUCACGGCCCCCGUGGCGUCGGCAAAACCACCCUCAUUCUCGAACGUUUGCUUGAUAGAUGGAACACAGAGCCUCAUUUCACAGCGUAUGUGGACUUGGCGGAGAGUAUACAAGAUCAUCACCCGAAACAUGAAGGUACAUUUCCAUGGGCGUCCUGGUCGAAUUGCUCGCCUCCGCCGCUUUCAUCGCUCCGUGUUCAGCUGGAGAACAGUCUUGAAGAGUUGACCGUAAAGGGAAUUAUGAUGGGCAAGAUUAAUUCGCGCCAGAUUUUCACUACUCUCAAUAAAUGGCAUAAUCCCACUACAGCGGUUGAGAGGAUUUGUGGAAUUAAGGAUGAUACUUCAAUGAUGAUUAGUUCGACAUCGGAAGGUUCGAAAAGAAGGAAAAAGAAAGUGUCUGCUGUUGCUGCUGCGUUGAAGCAGUUGUCAUUGUGGGAUAUGGCUGUUUGCAGGCACUCUGUUCGAUUAAAUGCCAAAAAGAGUUCGGGGAGGGAUGUGACUCCGGGGGAGCAUUCCUAUUAUGGGGAAGCAAUGGCUGCUUUGGAUUUAGCUAAGGAGGUUAUUAGAGUUCAGCAAGGGUGGAGAGUAAAUGCUAUUAAGCAUUUAAACGCGACUGGCGGAUUUUCAAGGCCUCUAGCUCAUUCAUCAACUGAUUGGCCAUGCUUAUUGUUGGAGCUAUUGUCAGAUGCAGCUGAAGUAGACUACUUUCAGCCGAAGCUUGUGAUAAACAACAUUGACAUUUUAAAGAAUGCAAUUUUGACGGAUGAUACAAGUGUCAAUGCAUCCAUGUAUCAUGACAGCCUAAUUUGGAGGAUGAUAGCAUUAUGUGUAAAUGAGAGAUGUCUUCCUGUUAUCCUUGUUACAUCAGACAGCUACUAUUCUUAUCGGGCAUUUAUUGAUUUUGGAUUUCCCGACAUAUUCAUCUCUCGUGAGACAUUUGGGUGGACUCCUGCUGAAGCAAAAAUGCACAUGGUUGAUGAUUAUUUUAGUCCCUCCGAGUGGAAUUUACUUGUGGAGGCGUUAGGGCCAAAUCCGCGGCAUCUUUUUGAGGUUUAUGCACUGAAGCUGAACAAUUACUACAAUAAAUUUGUGGGUGACAAAGGCAAUACCAUCGAAGACCUUCUGGAUGCAUACUUGGCAUAUCUUCAAGUAACUGUAGUCAAUCCUGCCAUGGACAGAGCAUUACUGCUGUUGCAAAACUUCGCCAUGGAUGCACGAAAUGGAAAGAUUUCUAAAGAUAGAUUAAGGUUUGGUGCUCCCUGGAGGCAUCCCCCACAGACGGACAACCCUUCUGAAUGCCAUGAGUGGGCUAAGGUCCAACUCAUGGACUUUGUGCAGUCUCUAGUCAACACAGAAUUUGGGGUUAAUUAUUUUGCUGACUGGAGCUUGGAGAUCUUUGAUGAUCCUUCUACUGUUGCAUUGCUGGAGGUUGGUCUGCUCUAUGUCCAACGUGACCCUUCUUUCAUUCGGCCAAUAACACGUGGCGUUCAGAGAUGCCUAGUUAGAUGGCUUGUCCAGGAGCAGAUGCAAAUGAAUUCUAAGGAAUCAAUUCAGUACCUUUGGCAGAGAAGCAUAAGAGGACGCAGUUAUCGCCAUUUGAUGUUAGAAGUACGGUGAAAUUGGUAUUGCAGGUAUGACUAAUGUUGAAUGCCUUAAUUUAUAACUAAAACAAGCAGCACUUCACUGGUCAUUACUGUACUAAAUAUUUGGUAAACGCUGAAGAAUUUUAGUGACACUAUCCUUGCGAUGCCAUUUCUUUGGUUUUAGAAAAAUAGUCAAUCCAAUGACAUAAGCCUAGCCAAUUGGAAAAACAAAAUCUGGUGACCACUGACCACAUCACAGGUACUAUCCAAACAGUUCACCUGGCUGAUCCGAAAAUGUUCAUGUUUGGAACUGCUGGGAAACACCAAACUGAGAGAACCUCUUGCUUAAAAUAGAGUGAUAUUCAGACCGCCAACACUUAGUCUUCAUGGUGGCGAAGUAUGCAGAUUAGUGAGGUGGUGAGCACAUAAGUGCCCCACAAGGAGUUUUUUUUCCUUGUUUUGCAUUAAGAUAUUAGGCUUCCUGCAAACGCAUUCAAUGACAAGAUGUGAUUUGCCUCUAACUUCUUUUUAAUAGAGAUGCUUUUGCUUUUCCUGCUUGUCUUGGAGCAUUUGCUAUAGUUUAGCCACUCAGAAGAAGCUUGCUUUAACUAGGCUACUAUCCUCUCGAUGUAACAACUGCUUUCUUUUAGUAAGGAAGGGUCUUUAUUCUGUCAGUGUUUUAGAAUUUUGAACUCUGCCUCAGUGAAUUGAUCAUCUUUCUUAUUUUUGUGGCAGUGAAAGUUGAAAUCUUCAUUUUUGUUAUUCGGGAAUGUAAAAAAUGAGUAGCCACAUUGAACUAUCGAAGGGUCAAUAAGGCACGAAUCAGGAAUUGUAAUCUACCACCCUGCAGCCUGUUUAGAGAGAUUUCUGCUGAGCUUUGUGGUUAUUUAACCAGCCUGUCAAGCUGAUCAUCGAGACACAGACCAAACUGAUAUCCAGUUGUGAAAUUUUCAUGGGCUGGAGAGUGAGAUCAUGGCUCGUCUCCCAUUUGAGGCUUUAGAGGAUUAACAGUGAGAAUUUGUGUUCGAGAAUGUUUGUGGAGAAGCAUAAAGCCGUGAGAAACUGUUUUUGAGAACGUUCCUGGAGAGGUAUAAACCCAACCCAUCCGGAUUUGUCUACUGGAAGCAGUAUAUUUAUCUUUGGUGUACUAGUGAUGGUCGGUUGUCGAUCGCAGCUUCUUAACCUUGUAUGCAUGCAGAAAUUUAACUCACUGGGCUCAAAUUCCAGUAGCCGUCCAAUAUGGACAUUUAUUUUACCUCGAUUCCCUAUAUUUUGCGAUACAGAACUGAUGGUGUAUUGAAGUUUCUCAUAGCUUUUAUCCAAAUGCUGCACUUUGUAUGUAACGUACUACUUGCAUACUUCUGUUUUGCUGUAUACUGCAGUCACACGCUUUAAUUAGUUUCAAUGAAACAGAUGAAGAAAACCCACAAUAAACUGAAAUUUACAUUUCAAGAUUGUAGUAGCACUCAUAAUAAGAUGGCGA